UUUAAUAUCUUCUCGACGGUAGGACGGUUCGGAAGUAUUUCGCGAUCACCCUCCCCUCUGGCCAAGUGAAUUUUAAACUACUUUUCUCAGUUCUAAACUGCAGUUAAUCAAUUCCAAGUCUUAGUAAAAAUUCUUAGGGUGCACUUUAAGUUGCUUUAAAGUACACUUUGAACAGUUUCUCGUUGUAUUUUCGAGUAUUCCGAUUUUAUAUUCGCCGGCGUUUUGGUGCCAACAAGUUGGUGUUCCUGAGUUGGUGAACGCCAGCGAGAAGUUGUCGACCGCGUUUCGGUCGGUUUUUGGUGCAAGCGCAGAAGAAGAGGAAAGGAGAAAGGAAGAUGCAGCGCGUCGCGAAGCAGCUGUACCCCGUCAUCGCCAACUCGACCCGCACCUACUCGCCCAUCACUCUCUGCCGCGAAUGGUCUACUCUCGGACGCCUUGUGCUUAUCGUAUUCUGCGCCUGCUUCGCCUCAACCAUCAACGGAUUCUUCGUCUCGGCCUUCUUCGUGGAACACUCGUUAAAAAGGAUUGUGCCUUCUGCAUCAGGUAACGUGUUCCACGCGUGUGUUGGUAUAGCUGACUUAUUUAUAACAGCGGGGGUGUUACCAAUAGCAGCUACCGUUUUACUCUCUGGCGUGUGGGACACUAUACCAGUCUGUCAGUGGCUACAAUUCCUUACCGAGGCUUCUACAUACUGCUACUCCAUGUUCUUCCUUUUGGUUGCGGUUGAGUGUUACGUCCGUCUGUGUCAUCCUCCAUCUACGUACGAAUUCUUCAUAAACAUGCGCGUGGGCUUGGUCUCCACUUUGGUGUUUGUCCUUGGCAUAACCGUAGCUGCCGUCGGGACCUUCUACGGCCUCGACUACGACUACUGCGAGCGCUCACAUCACGGCCACUACACCUUCCGCCUCAGUACCACCAUCAUAUUCCACGGUAUUCCAUUCAUUCUUACAUCUUACACCCUCAUCGCUUCUUCUAUCCGUAUAAACCAACACUCUCGUCUCCAAGCCUCUUACAAGCGCUCCUUGCAGUACAGUAGGGAUCUCUCGAUGAUUAAGAUUAACAUACUGGCGUAUUUCAUGUACGCUCUAGCUUGGACGCCUUUCCUUAUAAUCCUCCACCGGUAUCCGACUAUUAGUGACAAUCACUUCUACCAGACCGCUUGGGCAGGAAUCAGCCGCUCGUUAUUCACAAGUAUAAUGUAUGGAUUUUUGAACACGAGCUUUGGUCGCGCCUACGCUAAUUUGUUUUAUUACUGCUGCUGCAAGAGUUCUCUGCAUGGAACAUACCACACCCGUCACAGGAGGACUGAUUACCGCCCUACUACUGACGUGAGGGUGCACAUCAUGCACCAGGCCGUGAGUGGGAACAGUCCUCAACGAGGGGCCUCCACCUCUCGGGACACUCAAGAACUGUAAUUGCAGCAUAUUUCACCACCCUAAAUUAUUUGUUCACCCUAUCUGUGAUAUUUUUUAAACUUUGCCAUUUUGUAGCGUCUAUUCGGAGAGAGAUUAAAGAUCGCGGCUUUUCUUUAGAACACUAAAAAACGUCGAGAAGAAAUUAGACAUAAUUAAUUACCAUCUCUGCACAUCCCUUUUCAAAAUUUGCUACCUGUCUGUCUUACACUUAUCAAACUUUGAACUUACCUAUCGAAUUUACUCUGGUAAUGUUUACCAGUCAUAUUUUUUAUGUACCUUCGUACAUUCUUCAUAUCCUCAUUAUUACUUCAUUUGCAUAUUUCAUUAAUACUAAAAGAUUUUCUUUCAGGUUACAGUGUGCAAAGCGUUUGUUUUGUCGACCAAAACCCCCCUUUGUAUUUGGUCGGCAAAACAAGAAACGUGAUUUCUUUUUUUAUUAUUUGUAUUUGUAUUAUUUUUAAAAGACAUUAUGUUUACAAUUAUUUAAAUUUAUCUGUGUAGUCGUUGUCGUUGACUAUUAAGUUAGGUUUCAGCACAAAAUUAGAAACUCGCACAGAAAAUUAUAUCUCUUCUAUCUUGUUACCAGUAUACUGAAUGUUUUAUAUAUUAAAACAUAUACCGUGUUUACUAUAUCAAAAUGUACACCGUUUUUCUCAUAGACGUUGUGUAGAGUAGACAAAAAGUAGGCAUUUAUUAAAAUACAUUUUAUAUCUUAGGGUAUACUCGUAGUUGAAAUUUUCUAGAAUUAUUAACAUAUUGUACCUAUGUUAACAUUUUGAUAAUCGUCCCUGAUUUAAAUUAUUCUAUUGGAUUAAAAUUCAUGAGCUGAAAAUUGGUAUCUAAUCGGGGAUAAAAAUUAUAAUGAUAAGUAGGCCAAUUUGUAUAAAUAUAUUGACAUUAAACGUUUGGUAGGGCAUGUUGUAUUUGCCUAGUAAAUCUAUUUAUACCAAAAUUUUGUAGUCAAAACAACCAUUCUCUUAUAGUAUAAAUAUAUAUAUUUAUAUAUUUCAAUCUAUUAAAAUUACUACAAUAUUUAUUCAGAUAUAAUCUAAACAUAUUUUAAACGCUAUACAUAUACAAUAUACAGCGUUAUUAACCUUUUAUAUAUUAAUAAAUAUAUAAUGAAAGACUGCAUUUGGAAAAACGAACUUAUAGAAACAAGUUUUUCCAAAUCUAUUCUGGACUAAUCAACAUAUGUAUCUAACUUAUAUAUUUGAUAACUGAUAUCCUUUCUAUAAAAUUUUAGACAUCAAGUUAGAUGGUCAAACUCAAUAUAAUAAUAAAAUAUUCAAAUACCUAUCUCAUAUUCUAUAUUUACAUACUAUAUAAAAAAUAUUGAACUGCAAAAUGGAAAGUAGUGUAUAAUAUGCAAAUUGUAACCCCCUGUCCACUUUGGCCGGCCAUACUGUCCACUUUUGUUAACCCUGUUAUGAGUUUUAUGUUAUUUUUAAUGCAUUCAUUGUACGAAUAUAUCAUUGUGAUAGACGUACGAACAACUCGGAUUUUUAAAUAUGGCUGACCGGUGUACAGGGAGGGGUGAUAGGUGAAGACUGCCACGCUAAGGUUGUGGGUUCUAAGCAGGAUAGCAAAAAAAAACUUAACUAAAACCUUAUUAUUAUCACUUUAGAGUUGAAAUUUGAAAUCGCGACUUGUAAGACUAUAAAAAUGCCUACAUUUAGGUCACUAUCUUGACUAUCGACAUCGCGUCACGGUUCUGCGUUUGAACACUAAAUCUAGUACUUUCGAAUUAAUUGAAAGAAAAUCUUGAAUUUUCUUAGUUAACGUUUUGCUAUUAUGCUUCGAAGUAUCAACUUGAGUUGUGGAAAUAUUAAGGAAUGAUUGGCAGUCAGCACUUAGCAGGAUUUUUAUUUCGAUUACAACAUUUUGUUUCUUAAUAUAUUUUUGUACCUUCGGACACCACCCACCGAGCUAUCCUGAUCUGUUAAAUUCUUACAAUAUGUUUUUACUUUAAUAAUCCGUCGUUUAAGGUAAAAAACUUUUUGUGGAGUUUGAUCGAUCGAGGAAUAUCAGUGUGGUGGCGUCAAUCGGCUGGUCUUUAAAACUUUUCUGUCAAAUAAUUUGGCUUAUCUAUGAAAUUUUGAUACAUGCGGUAAUGAGUUUGUAUUGAAAUUAUAUCUCAAAUAGCUAAACUACCAACAGUUACAGUGUUGAGAUUGGCCGCAUACACCAAUAAGUAUUGUUUUAUUUACGUACGGUAAAUUAAUUUGAGUAUACAUACCUAUAUAUAGAUCAAAUAUAUUAUAACCUAUUUCAGUAUUUACAGUAUUCUGAUGUCCUUAUACAUAUCUCCUAUAAUCGUAUCUUUCUGCACAAUAUUGUAUAAAGAUUUUUCAAACGUAUUUAUACAUAUUAUAUCAAGCGUAUUUUAACCUUUUUCAAAUGUAUUUCAAUAUUAAGUGUAUUUUAACCUUUUUCAAAUGUAUUUCAAUAUCAAGUGUAUUUUAACAUUUUUCAAGUGUAUUUUCUCUUUAAGUAGUUUUGACUUAGGCAAGUUUUAUCAGAUUAUACGAUUUCAAUGGUAAUAUCAAUAUUAUACGUAGAUGUAGGUAAUUAGAUUAAGGCACCAUUAGUUGAAAUAAUACUAAUUGAAGACAAGAAAGUGAGAUUAUGUAGGUUUGUAGAUAUGGUAGUAUUUAGUGUAAGUGUAGUUUUAGAAAAUAAUGUAUAAGAAAAUGUAAAGUCUGUUUUGUAAUAUCUGUUUAAGUUGAUAUUCAAAUGACGUAAAUAUUUUGAUGCAUUCCAUAUGGAAAAGACUUCAAAUUGUUAGUCAGUUACUAACAGAAACAUAUUCAGACAGGUAUUGUGAAACAGGCCCAUUAUGAUAGCAAAGUAAUGAGUUUUGUUUAAACUAAAUUAGAUUGAAAGGAUAUUGUAUAAAAAACAUUUUUCAAAUUAAUAUUGUUGUUGAGAAAAUCAUGUACUUAACUGAUAUGUAAUGUUUUUCAAAAUUGAAGUGGAUUUUUUUGUUUCUGGUUAAAAUAAAUUUUGUGAACUAAAUUCAAA